AUGAAGCUCUUCGCAUCGCUUAUGCCAUGGCUGGCUGUGGCGCUGAGCAUAUCUUCUUUCGGCAUCCACAGCAAUGCUGUGCCAACCACCAGCGCCUCCGAAUUUGCAGAGGAUGAGCCCUUCUACAUCAGCGCUGAGCGUCUGACUCACUCGACGCCUCGGCGCAUGGACGGCUUUCAGCGCAUGCUAGAGCGCAGAUAUGCAAAGCAGCAAGAGCGUGCGGUCGCAGCCAUGUCCCAGCAAGAAGACACGGAGAGUGCCAACGACCUCCUGGAUCAAGCAUGGACCGCCGUGCGCAGUGGUCUCACUUCUCAGCAAGGCCUCGGCUCGCCCCUCGCAAAGUACGUCGAGUACGUCGCCGUAGAUGCUAUCUCCUCCAGUAAGAAGAACAAGCACAACAUCAAAGAGCCCGCAUACCAUAGACAGGCCCUAGACCACUUUGACAACACCACCCAGGCGCGUUUUGACCAGCGCUUCUUCUACUCAACUCGCCACUACAAGCCUGCUUCCGCCAGAAAGAACGGCGAGGCUGUCCCCAUCUACAUCCUAGACAGUGGGGAGGCAGACGCCACCGCCCGUCUUCCUUUCCUCGACACCGGCAUCCUGGACAUUCUCUCGAAAGCUACAGGCGGCAUCGGCAUCGUGCUGGAACACCGCUACUACGGCACCUCGCUGCCGAACCGCACCGAGAUUGGACCCGGCGAUGCUUGGGGUGUCGACCAGCUUCGAUGGCUCACCAACAAGCAGGCGCUCGAAGACUCGGCAGACUUCAUCCGACACCUCACCAUUCCCGGCACGGACAAUAGCGAGAAGCGCAAGAUCAUCUACUACGGUGGUAGCUACCCUGGUGCCCGUUCGGCUCAUAUGCGAUUGCUCUACCCUGACCUCGUGCACGGGGCCAUUGCCUCCAGUGCUGUGGUGGCUGCCGUCGAUGAGUUCCCCGAGUACUUCUAUCCGAUCGCUCGUGGUGCGCCGACCAACUGCAGUCAGGCGAUCCAAGCCGCUAUUGCUGGCAUCGAUGAGAUUCUGGCUCCCAACCCGCUGACGGGCGGUAACCAGCCCGACCGCGACGCCAACCGCACCGCCCAGCUUCUCAAGCUCUUCGGCGUCGAGGGCCUCACCAACCUCGGCGACCUGGCCAGUCUCAACACCAUCCCCCUCGGCGCCUUCCAGAGUCUCAACUGGGAUCCGGCGGUGACGUCGACCGAGUUCGGCAAGUUCUGCAAAGUCCUCACCACGUACGGUGCCGACGGCAAGUACUCCGCCGACUCGGUGAGCGCACAGCUCAAGUCGGAAGGCUUCCACGUCCCUCGCGAAGUGCACGCGUACGCCCACUACAUGCGCAAGAACUACAUCCUCCCCUGCACCCAAGGCGAGGAUGGCCAACCCGGCGCUUCCGCCGACGAGUGUUUCGGCACGGACUUCGAAGCCUUUGCCUCCCAGACCCAGCUCGAUGCCAAUCGAGCGUGGACCUUCCAGUACUGCUCCACCUGGGGCUACAUCAUGACCGCGCCACCCGCACCUCAAUACAUCCCCUCGCCCGACGGCAAGAGCAAGUACUUUGUCUCUUCAGGUCCCAAGCUCGUCUCGACCCUGCUGGACUACGCCUAUUCGCACGAGAUCUGCGAGAAGGGGUUCCCCGCCGGCGAGCACUACACCAUGCCGGCCCGCCCGGACAUCGACGAGGUCAACAAGUUGGGCAAUUUCAAAUUGGCUGUCGACAGACUGGCUUUCAUUGAUGGACAGUACGAUCCGUGGAGACCGGCAACGGUGCACAGCGAGGAAUUCGCAUACGGUGGGGCAAGGGAGGAUACCGUGACAAGGCCGUUCAAGUUGAUUCCGGACUGCUGGCACCAUUGCGACGAGAACGGGGUCAAGGACGAGAAGAAGACGCCCGAGAGGGUCAGGUUGAUCCACGAACAGCAGGUUGAAUUUGUCAAGGCUUGGCUCAAGGAGGAUUGA